AGAAGUGAGAAGUGAAGCUAGGCAUAAGGACAUCCCACCUCACCCCUACCUCCGGGUUCCCAGGGUGUAGCAGGCGUGGCCCGGCUUACGCAGCAGUCCCCGCCCCUUGCCUCUGGUCCUUCUGUCUUGCGCCCGGAGUGGUGCAUUGUGGGAAACUCCUGAGCACUCCUCGGUAUCCGCAGCCACCGCCCGCUGUCAUCCCGUGAAGCGAAUGCGCAGCGAGAAGCUGGAGGCUCCAAAGAAGACGUAAGGCGACAAGCCCUUCCGAGGACGGGCAAGGACGGGGAGACCCAUAUAAUGCCCAGAGGUGAGCUGUCCUGAGCUACUGUGGUCUAGCCACCUGCCAGUCACACAAGCCCCAAACCAGCUGCCAGCAAAAAAUCGUCAUGGAGUCCCGAGGAAAGUCAGCCAGCAGCCCCAAGCCAGACACCAAGGUGCCUCAGGCCACAGCUGAGGCCAAGGCCACUCCAGCUGCUGAUGGGAAAGCUCCCUUGACCAAGCCUGUGAAGAAGGACACCCAAGCCGAGAAGCAGGAGCAGCCAGCAGCCCCUGGGCCAGCCACUACCAAGAAGACACCGGCCAAGGCGGAUCCUGUACUUCUAAACAAUCACAGCAACCUGAAGCCAGCACCCACGGGGCCGGCAGCCCCCAGCAGUCCUGAUGCGACCUCAGAGCCCAAGGGUCCUGGGGAUGGGGCAGAGGAGGACGAGUCCAACACUGGAGGCCGAGGUCCCUGGCCUUGUGAGAACUUGACCCCUUUGCUGGUGGCUGGGGGUGUGGCUGUGGCCACCAUAGCCCUAAUUCUUGGUGUGGCCUUCCUAGCCCGGAAAAAAUGAUACCUGGUGUCCAGGUCGGGGCACAGAGCCACUUUCUGUACAGACCUGAAUAUAUAGUGCAUGCAAGGUCCUAGAUAUUUAUCUAUAUACACAUAUACACAUAAGGACACACAUAGACACACACACACACAAACACACACACACACACACACGUAUGCUACAUACAUCCGUGCAGCAGGAAAGAAAUAGACAGUGAGCCCACCUCCACUGACCCCAGCACACCCUCUCCCAAGUCCUGGGGCAGGAGCCCAGCUCUGCAGUUUGCAGGAAGCACUAGCUAGCAUGGGGCCAAGGAGAUAGAUGCUGGGUGUGGCCUCUGAAAGAUAAGUGGUGGAGUAGGCUAGCCCUUGUGGAGACAUUAAAGGGCAUGGCUGUUUUACUCUCCCCAUUUGUCUUUUGAGCAGCCAGGAGCAGUCAGUGUGUCUGGGCCUGAUGCUGGGGGAAAUGACCUGAAGGUGGGAUUCAAAUCUGCAGAGCUACCUCUACCCACUGUCCCUGUCCUGGUUGAAUGGAAAAGGCAAAGCUUUAACAGCUGGAUUUGGGAUGGGGUUCCCACCUCUUUUUUCAAUGUAUGCCCCGCCCCCACCAGGAGAGCUCCAGAGGCUAGGACCACCUGACUUCCUGCCCAGAACAGCCAAUUGUUCCUGGGAGAGAGUGGUGCUGAAAGCCUGGUAGGGAGGCAGGAAAAACGGAGGAGCCACAUGACAGUUCUGCCUGCCCAAUAGUCCCCAAUACUGUCCUUCCUGCCUGCACCCAACACCCCCUUGAGUUUAACAGCGUAUAAAUGCAAUAACACAGGUAGAGUAGAACUGCCCAGUGGGUGGCACUCACUCACUGCCUGCAGGAAGACCUGCUGUGCAGCCCCUCUUUAGUGCAUCUGGCCCCAGCUUGCCCCUUGGUGUGGUGACAGUGGGCAGCUUUCCAGAAAACUGCAGUGGGCUCUAAGGAAACAUUGCCCUCACCUGGCCAGUGGCGGCAGGGACCUUGGGCCUGAGUGGAGACUGAGUUUGAAAUAAACCGUUACAAUAUAAA